AAAAGCGAGGGUAAAAGCGUCAUUUCGUAAGACCCCACCACCACCACCGCCGCACUCUCAUCUUCAUCUUCUUCACCUGAGAAGAAGAUAAAACGAAAACUAAUUUUGCUUUUUUACAGUAACUUCGGAGAAAGAGAUCUAGUAGCAGUUGGAUUCGUUGAAAGGAAAGUGGAUUUGGUAUCUCCACCGAGAAGCCACAGAGAGAAUCUUUCUUCUUCCAACUCUUAAUUAGGGUUCCGAGUUUUCUCUCUCCGGUAGUGAGUAAUCAUGACGGAGGUUGUUCUACACAUAUACGACGUGAUCAACAGUGGAUCGGAGAAGACGAACAACACCAUCCUCCAGAUCAACAGGUUCUUCAAAGACGGUAUUCGCCUUGGCGGCAUCUUCCACAGCGCCAUUCAGGUGUAUGGGGAUGAGGAAUGGUCUUAUGGGUUUUGUGAGCAAGGAACUGGUGUCUUCAGCUGUCCUAGCAGCAAGAACCCUAUGUACACUUAUCGUGAGAAAAUCGUUCUUGGGAAGACUGAAUGCACCAUUUUCAUGGUGAAUCAGAUAUUGCGUGAGCUCAGCAGGGAAUGGCCUGGACAUUCGUAUGAUCUCUUGUCUAAAAAUUGCAAUCACUUCUGUGAUGUACUCUGUGAUGUACUUGGCGUGCCAAAGCUCCCAGGUUGGGUGAAUCGAUUUGCUCAUGCUGGUGACACGGCCUUGGAAGUGGCAGGAAACACAGCGAUGAGGAUAAAGCAAGCCAAAACUGAAAUAGUAUCAGCUAGUAAAGUGGCUUAUCGCUUCCUUUCCAAUGUUACCUCAAACGUAACCAACGGCUCGAAUGGCUCUCAACAACGGCCUGGAACCCUCACCAGUUCAGACAAUGGCAACUCGAGAUUGCAAGGUAGUUGGUUCAAAGGGUUACUCAACACUUCAAAACCCUCCACUAGUACAGAGAUAGAUAACAAAGAUGAAGAUGCAAAUCAGCAGAGAAAACAGAGCCGUGACUCUGCACCCCUCCACCAUAGUGCAUUUGGUUAACUGUAUAUCCACUGGUCGAAAAGUGUACCAACAUUGUACCCUCAUCUGUAUCCAUUACUUUUGUACCAUCACUGGAUCUUUUAUUUCUUUCAGCAAAAAGUGUGAUUUUGAUAAGAAAA